AAGAGACAACAUCAAGAUGAUCCUUUUAUGGAUUACAUUGCUUCUUAUCCAUCAAGGAUAUGGACUGAUUCCAGUGACCAUAGUUCAACUUGGUGAAUCUGCUAUCUUCACAUGCAUUUACCCCGAUUUGGAGCAUAGCAAUACACGAGUCAAGUGGUACAAACAGAGUGUUGGUGAUUCUCUUAAAUUAAUUACUACACUGUUGAAAGGCACUGAAAAUGCUACAUUUGAAAAAGGGUUUUCUCACUAUCGUUUCAAUGUAAAACAUCUAGUUAACAUGAGCUCUCUGACCAUUUUGAAGACAAUCCAAGAAGAUAAGGCAAUGUAUCACUGCGCAGUCACUACGUGGAGCAAGGAUGAAUGGACGAGCACAUAUUUGUCUUUAGAAGGAAACACUCUGAGGGCGACAAACGUUACUGUUGUUCAGUGGCCGACACUAUCCGAUCCAGUUCAUCCAGGAGACCCUGCCACUCUCCAGUGCUCUGUCCUCUCUGACUCUGAGAACAAGAAAUGUCCAGGGGAGCACAGUGUACACUUGUUUGGAGUCAGAUCAGAUAAGUCUUAUCCUAACAUCAUCUAUACUGAUGGAAAUGGACCAAAUGAGUGUAAGAAGACAUCGGACACUAAGAAGAGUUGUGUUUAUCACUUCUCAAAGAACUUCAGCUCCUCUGAUGCCGGGAUUUACUACUGUGCUGUGGCCACAUGUGGAGAAAUACUAUUCGGAGACGGAACAAAACUGAACAUUGAAG